AUGGCCCCCGAUCGUACGGGAAAGAGUGUGUUCUUGGGGAACAUCCCCUACAAUCUCACGGAGGAGCAAGUCAAAGACAUCCUUAGUACAGCUGGAACCGUGACGAAGUUUCGCUUGAUGAUGAAUCCAGACACAGGCAAGCCAAAGGGAUAUGGAUUUGCAGACUUUGCCGAUGCCGACGCAGCAGCUUCUGCCGUGCGCAACCUGAACGACUACGAGAUUAUGGGUCGCAAGAUCCGUGUCGACUGGCCACACAACAAUGAGAAAGACUCUGUACCAGCGGAUUAUCCCCAACAGGCACAAAUUGAGCAAGAGACUACACAAAUGCAACCGAUUCCUGGCGCGGCACCACUUCCUCCUCUGCCACCGGGCGUGGAGGUUCCACCCCAUCUCGAUUGCCCUAACGCCAUUUCGCACACUCUCGCCUCUCUCCCUCCUAACCAACUCCUCGAUGUUCUCUCACAAAUGAAGUCUCUGGCUGUGGCGGAUCCCGCUCGCGCUACCGAGCUGUUGCGCCAAGCUCCGCAGCUCGCCUAUGCCAUUUUCCAGGCCCUGCUGCUUAUGAACCUGGUCGAGUACCAGCUUCUGGGAUCCAUCGUUGAGCAAGCGGCCCAGCCUCAAGCUACCCCCCAAGCUGCUCCCCAGUACCAGCAAUAUGGCGUUCCCGGUCAAAUUGGCACACCGCCCGUCGCUGGUCCUUUCGCUCCUCCGCCUGCGCAAGCUGCGGCGCCGCCCCAGGUUCCGGGCCAAGAAGAGCUGCUCCAGCAAGUACUGAGCAUGCCUCAGUCGGCUAUUGAUGCCCUGCCUCCGAUGGAGAGGAGUCAAGUCAUGCUUCUGCGGCAGCAGCUGAUGCAGGGUGGUAUGCGGUAA